GCGUCUGUUCGUCGCCGCUCUGGUAGUUCAGUCGGGGCCGCGGGCGCCGCCGGCUGUGGGGCUAGGGCUGCGGGCGGCUGUCGGCGCUUCCUUGAGAUCCGAACUGGGGCGGGGUUGGAGGUCCAGCCUCCGCAUCCAGGGAUCUCUCGGCCGGUCCGAGAAUGGGGAUUUCCCGGAGCAACUCUAUCUGAGGGUCUAAGCGUCUUCACCCUAGUCUCUGCUUGAGGCCGAUCGCCCCGGGAAGGACGGACAGAGGCGCUGGGAAUCGUUGGUUUCGGGGAGACGGGGUGGUUACAGGAUCCCUUAUGAAAGCGGGAAGUUUAAAGUGGUGUUGCAUCAGCAGUGGCUUGUGGUUUCAGUUUCUCUUGUAAAGAGGAACUCUUUCUCUGCACCUGUGUAUGGCAAACACAAUCCUAACCUGUGUAUUUCCCUUAAUAGGGGACAGGAAGUAAACUAAGUGUACACAACCCUUUUAUGUCCAGGCCUCAUAAACCCAUUCAAAAACGGAUCCUAUGCGUGUAUGUUUUUCUAAACUAAGCAUAAGCUCUCUUGAAGACUCAGGGUUACCAGCACAAUAAAUUAUUGCGUAGUCAUGACUGAGUCAUCGAGACGGGGUGUCAGUGUUGGGGGUAUAUCGAGAAAUAUUCAGGACUUGAAGCAGCUGCCCUAAAGCCUAGACUCAACUGUGAUGUUGAGAAGAGUGCCACACUGUGGCUGAGACUACAUGUCACUUUGAUUAGUCUUCUGCUCCUAAGUCGGCGCUGUGGUUCCUGGGUAUUGUGAGUCAGCUGCCUGUGUAUUCCCCAGACCUGACCACGUCUUCCUAUCUCCGGCUUGAUAUCUCACCAUGCAUCGGAGAUCAAGAGGAGUUAACAUCGGGCUGCUUCUGCUCCUUUCUCAAAUCUUCCAGGUCGGGAUCAACAAUGUUCCACCUGUCACCCUGGCAACGUUGGCUCUCAACAUCUGGUUCUUCUUGAAUCCCCUGAAGCCGCUGCUUAGCUCCUGCCUCAGUGUGGAGAAGUGUUACCAGCAGAAGGACUGGCAACGCCUGCUGCUUUCCCCUAUUCACCAUGCGGAUGACUGGCACUUGUAUUUCAAUAUGGCAUCCAUGCUGUGGAAAGGAAUUCAUCUGGAGAGAAGACUGGGGAGUAGAUGGUUUGCCUACAUCAUCGUCACGUUCUCCCUCCUCACUGGGGUUGUGUACCUGUUCUUGGAAUUUGCUCUGGCAGAAUUUCUAAAUGAGCCUGACUUCAAAAGGAAUUGUGCUAUCGGUUUCUCAGGAGUUUUGUUUGCUUUGAAAGUUCUGAACAACCACUGUUGCCCUGGAGGCUUUGUCAACGUUUUGGGCUUUCCUGUAUCCAACAGAUUUGCUUGUUGGGUGGAACUCUUGGCUAUUCAUUUCAUCUCACCAGGGACUUCCUUUGCCGGGCAUCUGGCUGGAAUUCUUGUUGGGCUGAUGUACACUCAUGGGCCUCUGAAGAAGAUCAUGGAAUCGUGCACAGGCAUUUUCCCAUCCAAUAUUGAUUACCCAGGACAGCAGUACUACUUUAAUAGUUCAGGCUACUCUGGAUAUCAGGAUUACUACCCAUAUGGUGGGCGAGGUGCCUAUGAAGAUGUCCCCAGGAACUAUGACAUGUAUACCGCGGGACUGAGUGAAGAGGAGCAGCUGGAGAGAGCAUUGAGAGCCAGCCUCUUGGACCAAGGAAAUCGCAGAAGCAGCUCCCCGGCCUAUGGUUUCCGUCUCUCACCAGAAGAAGAAAUGAGGAGACAGCGGCUGCACAGAUUCGAUAGCCAGCGAGGCAACCCAGCCUUGUGAACAAACAUGGUCCAGUUGUACAGUAGUUACCCCCAGACCCUCAGUUUUGUACAGAAGCAGAGCGGGCACAUGACCAUCCCAGUUGCUCACGCUUGCAGUGGCCUGUCAUCCUUCAGCCACCAUGAGUCCAGUUGAUGUCUUGAGCUGGUUGACGUCUUGAGACCAGGCUUGUUUUGACAGCCCCCAGUUCUCUGGGAAUGGCACUUCCGACCUUGUUCUCUUGCAGACAGAAGCUCGGGCGUCUCCAUGUGGGGGCCAGUCUCCACGCUCCCAUCUCUCAACUGCUGACUCAGUGGAGCCCCUGCCUUGUUAUGUCUUUGAAGACCCUGACCUUUGCCCGGAGGUUUGUGUUCACCAGCCCAGAAGAUCAGGCCCCCUUCCUGCUCAGUGCCUGACUUGGCAGGAAGUGGGGAGCCAUCCCUCAUCCUCCUGGCACACUGCCAUGGUCCUCCUGGCACACUGCCAUGGUGACUUUCUAGGCACCAUCAUUGCAGGAUGUCGUCCCGGCCUCCCUCACCCAGGCGCCUUGGUUCCUGGGGUCCCCACGUCUGAGUGGUAUCUGCAGUGAACCUGCUUUUCUCUGAUGCUCCUCUGCCUUCCCAGGAUGUGUCAGUGGAUAAGCUUAAGUGAGACCUCGGAUGGGAAACCAGUUCCACGCUCCACAACCCGGCAGGUGGCACCGACAACCCAGCUGCAAGAGCCUCUCCGGGGACGAUGUCACAUCCUGGGGAUGUGACUUGUAUUGAACUAACCAGCAGAGCAGCAGCAGGUGCCACGUGCAGAGGAGUGACCAGCAGCUUGGUCAUGCAGAAGUCCUUCCUGAGGAAGUAUUUUUUUUUUUCUCACAAAAGUGCCUUUUAAUUGACCACUGUAACAGCCACCCUCCAAGACACUCCCCAAGUCACUUAAGACAGGUUUCCUGGUGCUUGUGUUUCAUGAAUAAAAGGAAAAGGUCAAAUAUCACUGAUGUCUUAUGUCACGGAGAUAUUUAUGUUUAAAGAGAGUUAGAAGCAGGAAAAGAUCUUCCUCUAUGGCUUUAUCUAGCAUUUAUAUAGUUUCCUGAUUAUGAAAGUAAUAUAUAUACCUUGUAUAUGCAUAAAGCCAACAUCUGGCAGGAAAUGCACCCACAUAUUAACAGAGGUUAUUUAGGAAGGUGGAGUGCAUAGGAUUUUACUUUCUGUUUUUCACAAUUUAUAUUGUCCUCUUUUUAAAAUGUGUGUGUAUCUAUAUGUGUGUACCACUUUUGCAAUAGGGAAACUGAUUUAUAUAAUAAUAAAUGAUGAAAUAUAUAAUCAGGAAAAUGGACUCAAGAAUAAGUAUUGUGGCUCUGUUGAUAAAAUUUACAAUAUAAACAGAAAUACAAAAAAUACAUGUGUAAUUUAAAAAUCACCUGUGUCUCCACCAGGGUUAAGAUUUUAAGGAUAUUGCUUUUUCUGUCUUUGUGUAUAUUUCACAAAUUUGGAGCAUACCAACUAUGCAGUUUUGUGCCUGGUUCCUAAUCUCAGCUGACCUGGGUGAGACCUUGUCACUUGCAUGUAAAUGAGCUAACAAACCACAUGAGACCUGGGAGCACUUUGACCUGCCAGCUGGAACAAUGUUACCUGAGCUCCUCGGCUUAAUUUAUGACUGAUACAAAGUGACUUGCAGCACAUUUAUAGUAUGAAUUGUAUCUCUGAGUCUUGCAGCUUCAAACAUUUUAAAAUUGAAAUGUUUAAGCCAAAUGUCAUUCCUCUUCUCCCAAACUCUUCAAACUUGUUUCCCAUGACCUCUGCUGGUGAUGUGUGCAUGCUAAGUCGGUUCAGUCGUGUCCGAUUCUUUGCAACCCCAUGGACUGUAGCCCACCAGGUUCCUCUGUCCCUGGGAUUCUCAAGGCAAGAAUACUGGAGUGGGUUGCCAUUUCCUCCUGCAGGGGAUCUUCCCAACCCAGGGAUCAAACCCAGGUCUCUUACGUCUCCUGUAUUGGCAGGCGGGUUGUUUACCACUAGCACUACCUGGAAAGCCCCCUACUGGGAAUAACCUCAUUCUUACACUCUGUCUUCUGAUAGCACAUUGUAAAGGUAACUCUGACAUUUAUGUUUGGCUCUAUGAUUACUUGUACACAACUGUAGAAAGACAUGCCUUCUACACAGGAGCACAGAUCAUGAAUGGCUGUGGAAUGAGGUCUUGUUAACUCCACACGUUCCAGCUCUCUCACUGCAUCGCCCAAAGGCUGGCCCCUGCCUCCCAGUAGAGGCUUAUUCAGUGUUGGUUUCUCACCAGAGUGUUAUUUCAAUGCAGUAAAAGUCCAGCCACUGUAUAUGGAGGUAUUUGUAUUUUUUAUGGCUGUCAAGUCUAGUAAUAGUAGCUCCUUGCUCUGUUUCACUUGUCAGGUGUAAAGACACCAGAAUUGGAUUGCAAAUGGUGUAACUGUAAUAGGCGCACCUUAUUUAUGGAGUGGAUUAUCACUAAACUUUACAGAUGUGGGAAAGGUCAUUUCAGUUAUAAAUAUAAACCAGUUAUCUUAGCACAACAAUAAAGAUGUUUUGGAAAUUA